GCCACAACACCUUUCCUCGCACCUCUGGAAGCAGAGAACAUCUUCAAACAUGACUCUGUUCGUGAAGAGCGUUAUCUCUAUCAUUAUCACAAGUUAUGCCCCUUGAAACACGUUCCUGAGCUAUUUUGGGGAUCGCGCUUGUCUCCCAGCCAUCGCAUUUACGCGUAAAGUACCAGCCCUCCCUUAGAAUCCCAACCUCUCCAAUGGCAAUGCCAUCGGGAGGCUGCAUAUAUCAAGAUGCAUUUUUUGGCCCUGGUACAGUUUUUCUCUCUUCAUACUUUGCUUUAUUUCUCAACUGCAAGUAUUGAAUCUCAAGUCUUCGCUUCCCUCCGAGAAGACCAUGCAUCUCAACAGAUCCACCCCAGCACGCUUUGCUCUAUUUUCACUAUUAUCUUUCGGAUCAUCGUUACCAUUCCACUUUCUGGAGCCAUUGGACAGACGAGCAACCUACUCGGUUGUACCAGUCGAUGGAGGAUCAGCGGCAUCAACAGGAGGAAGUGGGCAAGGCGAUGCCACAAUCUACAAGACUAUAAUCAUCACUGCAACUCCAGCACCUGCCACAAAAACUAUCAUCGAGACGGACACCGCAGAAAAUACCGACUACAUAAUCUCCACCCAAACUGUCCAACUGUCAGGAACAGUUCGGACAAUUCUGGUGACAGUCACCCCUCCCGCAGCCACGAUCACCAAGACCGGAUAUUCGAUCAUCGAUGUAAGCGCAUCCCACGUCACAAGCACAACCACUGCAUCUCCAAGCUCGAGUUCGACCAUUCCAACGACAUCGGCUUCUCUCGAAACGUCUUCUUCCUCUAUCGAAACAUUCCCGUCCUCCUUCUCAACAUCCUCACAUUCAUUCGACGAUGGCCAAUGGCAUACAUAUUAUCCAGCUUGGAAUGCCUCCAGCACGUCGAUCACAUCACAAGCUGCUACGCCAACAUCAGUUGAAACUACACCUACACCAACUCCCGAUGUAAUUUUACCACCCGUUGAGCCAGGGAGAGGAUAUGGGGGUCUGGGGAGUCGCCAGGCAAGCCCGAGGGUUGUGCCAGAGUACGGAAGCUUUGGGUUUAUCGGCACAUGGGGGAGAAAAUUGAGAAGGGGGCUUGCCAAUCUACCUUGAAAAGGCACAAAGCAAUCCUCCUACCGGUCAAGAACAGGAAAUCUUGAAAUAAUUUGGGCUCAUUCGAGCAGUAUUAAUAAUGGUUUAGAUUUUGGGCUGGGUUGUACUUCCAGGAGUUUAGGAAGCGCACCAAGAGCUGGCGCGCAGCAUUUUAAUGGCGUCUAAAUUGGGAUGAAAGUAAUGCUACAUUGUAUGAGAAUAGACGGGAUAAUUCUAAUAACAAAAGAGCUC